UAGCUUGAGCAGAACACAAACGAAUCCCCGGGUAAAGCUAUCAGUCUGUUGUGGUGUUUAGUUUUAUGGGUUUUAUAGCAAGUGUUCAAUUUUGGUCACGUAAGAAAUUAAUAAUUCGUUUUAAACGUUGCUUAAAUUCCCUCAGCGACGUUUCUUUAAAAAAAAAAAAUUAAGACUAACUCAGUUAAAUGAGGCUAACUGAAUAUGUAACGUUUGCUAACUGAAUGUUUUGACCAACAUCUGACACCGGGGGUGACACUUUCAGUGGGAGACAUGGACGAUUAUCCCGGAGUCACCGACAGUGAUCCAACAAAACUGCAGGAAAGACAUUAUUACCUCCUAUCUGAACUGCAAACUUUAGUCAAAGACUUGCCGAGCUCCUUCCAGCAGCGCCUGUCCUACAACACGCUGAGCGACCUGGCGUUGGCCCUCAUUGAUGGGACAGUCUAUGAAAUUGUGCAGGGCCUUCUCGAUAUUCAGCAUCUCACCGAAAAAAAUCUAUACAACCAAAGGCAGAAGCUUCACUGCGAACAUCAAGGUCUGUGGCAGUCCUACCUAAAAACAGAAUAUCCUCGAAUCUGCAUAUGA